UAAUAGUAUAUAAAAAAUUAAUCCGAUACAUUUUGAAAAGUUGAUUAAAAGAACAUUUUUAUGCAUAGAAGAUUAUUGAGUUAACCUAUACAGCACAUAAUUUAGUUAUUUAAUAGUGUGAAAAAUACAAAGAAUUAAUUAUAAAAACUGAAUUUUAAUUAUUUGUUGACAAAUAUAAUUUCUGUAAUAUAAAUAAUUAAUGGAUGUUAGUGAUAAAAAGUAUCUAUUGAGAUUCCCGCCAUUUAGAUCGCAGGGUUGGUUAGAGGAAAAUCGGACCUUGAAAGCUGUAGAACCGAGUUUGUGUGAUGUUUCAAUUCAGCCUAAGGGACUUUUAAACUAUUCUCAUGUUAAAGCUUACGAAAUAAAGGCUAAUUCUGUCAGAAAGGAAAUUAGAAACGCUUUGUUCAGACAAGCUCUUUUCAAGAUACAAAAUAUUGAGGUAAUAUCGUAUAAAGACUGCAAAAACGACAGGCUACUGAUUGACAUUUCUAAAACUGAGAAACCGUUCCAAUUUUUCGGAUUUUUAAAAAAUAAAACGGAUAAUUCGUUGUUAUCUGAAGAAAUAUGGACUGUGGAUAGGUGUGGAGCUCCUCAAAAAUACAGGGUUAGAUUUUUUAAAGAAGGACCUGAUGGGUUUAAAUGUAAAGUAUAUGUCACCUCUUUUUCGAAUUUUUUAAACUUUGUAAAAUAUUACCUUUCUUUGUAGAAUAUAAUAUUUUUAAAAAAUUU